GUGAUCCGGAUAGCUCAAUAGGCCCCCCUGUCUGCGAUUCUACAACACCAGACAACAUGAUUUUGGACAGUCACAACAUUACACCUGAAGCCCCCAGAGCAGUAGAAGAACCCUGUUCAAGUCAGACCAUAAACGACAGCGUCGUUGUCAGUUCAUUUAAAAAAAAAGGUGGGAAGGGUGUGUAUGACAAAAAACAUUAUUGCUUGUAUUGCAGUAAGCCUAUUUCAAAAAUUGCAAGGCAUCUAGAGCGUGCACAUGAAGAUAAAUCAGAUGUGGCUAAAGCUCUAAGCUUUCCAAAAGGUUCCAAAGAGAAAAAAAGACACCUGGAUUAUAUUGGCAACAGAGGAAACUUUGCUCACAAUGCAGCAGUUAUGGAGUACGGAAAGGGUAAACUCGUGCCACGACCGCCUAAAGGGUUGGAUGAAAUUGGAAUAGAUCCAAAUGAACCACAUACAGAGGAGACAUUUCCUCAUACCGAAAGGGAUGAAAUGCUGCCACAACCACCCAAGAGACAAAAUCCACACUCAUCAAGUGAUGAGGUACCUUCAGAAUCCUGCAGAAUGAGGCCUUCCUCAAUAGCACCACCAGCAGAGGAGUCACUUCCUCCCACUGAGAGGAAUGAAAUGCAGCCACAACCACCCAAUAAACCAAAACCAGUCAGUACGAUGAGGCCUUCCUCAAAAGGUACAACUGCCCAAAAGAAGAAAACACCCUGGAAGCAGACAGAGGUGGAGGCAGUGGAAAGCCACAUGAAUCGAUUCAUCACAUCUUGUAUUAUUCCAGCAAAGUUUGACUGUGAGAAGUGUAUAAGAGCUGAACCAGAAGCUCUUAAUGACCGGAGCUGGCAGAAUGUGAAAUUCUACAUAUAUAACCGCAUUACAGCCAACAAGAGGAAAUUUAGUUAAUAAUAGGAAGAUUACCACCUAUCUGGUAUGGCAGAUACUAACUUGGUCUACUGAAAAUGUUUAUUUACUAUGACUAAGGCAUUUAAAAAAAAUGUAUUUUAUUGUUCUGUUCUGAAGUGCCAAUAAUAGCCAACAUUUUUGUUAUUUUAAAUUCUAAAAUAUAUAUAUAUAUUUUUUUUUUUACUAAAAGAGUUAUGUUAAAAGGAAGGAUCGGUAAAACUUGAGAUUUUAUUUGUUUACAAAAAAUCCUGUCUUUCCCUACAACUCAGAUAACUUGAAUUUUGUCUUUCAUUCGACCAAAUAUUUUGAAAGUGAUUGAAUAGCAGUAAGCUGUUGCUCUGCAGUUGGCUGUAAUUAAAAAUAUCUUACAAAUUU